CCUCAAACAUCAUUAUUAGUGCUUAGUGAAGUUCUGUCGUUGGCUCCAUUAUCUAAGACCAGAUAAAACUGAAUUUCUGCGUCAAUAAUUAUAUAUAACCAUCAUGGGGUCCAUUCAAGAUCUUCCGGCUAUGAAGACAAACCCAAAAGCAAUCUUUUUCACAGACUUCGAUGGAACGAUCACGUUACAGGACAGCAAUGACUAUAUGACUGAUAAUAUUGGCUAUGGAGUCGAGAAGCGCCGUCAGGGCAACAUCGACACCCUCGAAGGGAAGAUCACCUUCAGAGAUUCGUUCCAGGAGAUGCUGGACAGUGUCACAGCCCCAUUUCCGGAGUGUAUUGACUUGCUAGUCAAGAACAUCAAGCUCGACCCUGGCUUCAAGGACUUCUUCGAGUGGACUCUUGAGAACAAUGUCCCAGUCGUCGUACUCUCGUCUGGUAUGGUCCCCGUCAUUCGUGCGCUCUUGAAGAACCUUAUCGGACCCGAUUCGGAGAAGAUCGAAGUUGUAGCAAACGACGUUAAGGCCCGACCAGGAAAGAAAAUUGACGAGGAGAAUGGUUGGGAUAUCCAAUUCCAUGACGAGAGCGGAUUUGGUCAUGACAAGUCCCUUACUCUGCGUCCGUACGGCCAGCUACCUGACGACAUCCGACCCAUCAUGUUCUACGCUGGGGACGGUGUGUCGGAUCUUUCUGCUGCGCGUGAAAGUGAUCUGUUGUUCGCAAAGAAGGGCAAGGAUCUUAUCAAUUACUGUGUGCGCGAAGAGAUCCCCUUUACCGUAUUUGCAGACUUCAAGUCUAUUGCGGCCAAAGUCAAGGAGAUUGUUGAAGGCAAGGUGACAGUAAAGGACGCGGCCCAGGACGGAUUCAAGCAAUACAAGGCAGGCGAAGCUGGUGUGUAAGGUGACAUGACCGUAACAUGCUUGAUAGAUUAGAGAUAUAGAGUAGUAUAGACGCUCGAUACAUUUACAUCAACGGAAGAAGGAAUAGAGUCUCAUCGACAAACAGAUGAUAAUAGUGAAUGCGCUUGAUUAGCAUGUAGCAACAACAAUCAAGUAAUUAUGGUAUGUCCAUCUGGACGCGC